CCAAAUUAUAGUUCAAGUGCCUCAGUAACAAGCUAUUAAAUUUUAAGUGGGCGAUUCAAACCUAACUCCAUGAAAGCUUCAUUGGUUCUUCCUCAUUUGGUCUGUUAGUUGGUAAGGUACUUGAAGAACCCAGGACUUUUUUAUAAAAUGGGCAUCAAGACUCCAGAUAGUGUGCUUUUAGAAGGUCCUCCAGGAUGUGGAAAGACUCUAGUUACCAAGGCUAUUGCUGGUCAACCUGGUGUUCCUUUUUACCAAAUGGCUGGAUCUGAAUUUGUUGAAGUUUUAGCUGGUGUUGGUUCUGCUCGAAUCAGAGAUAUUUUUAAGAGAGCA